AUGGAAUCGGAUCUCCUGGAUGGCCUCCUUGAUUUGGAGGAGCAAUUCUACAACGAAGGCUACCAGUUGGGUGUCGCCGAUGGCGCCGAAGCCGGCUACACAGAAGGUAGCGUUUUCGCCGUCGAGAAAGGCUUUGAGAAGUUCGUGGAAAUGGGCCGAUUGUAUGGAAAGGCACUCGUCUGGGCCCAGCGAUUGGCUGAUGCCAAACCGAACGAAUCAUGCGAACAACCAGUCGAUCAGUCAGAUGUCUUAUCUCUAGACCCUUCGUCGAUCUGCAAAGCAAUGCCCAAGAUCCCAGCACAUAGUGCCCGUCUGGCAAGAAACUUAGCUACUCUAUUGGAGCUAGUUGAUCCUGCUUCCUUGGAUAUGAGCAAUACGGAAGAAGCCGUGAACGAUGUCGAUGAGCGCUUGAAAGGUGCUGCGGUCAAAGCCAAGCUCAUCCAGCGAGCCAUGGGUGAAAGUGAAGAGCCACUAGGUGUCCAAUCCUACGCCAAAGAUGUUUCAAAGCCUGGAGACGGAACUGGCAGUAUUGAAGACAUCAGCUCGUUGAACAUUCGUCAUUGA